AUGAAGUACAAUUUAAUUUUUGGUGGUAUACGAAAUCAAGAUGGUUAUGAGGAAAAUACAGAAGAAGUAUUGAGGUCUUUUCUUUCGGAAGAAAUGGAAAUUCCUAAUGUUGGAGAUAUACAAUUCCAAAAUGUACACCGACUUGGUGAGCGGUCUGACGGCAAGGAACGAAGCAUUAUUGCCCGUUUUACUAGAUUCAGUGACCAUGAACGUGUUAUCAGAGCAGCUGCGAGUAAAUUAAAGAACAAACCACAAUUUUCUAUAUACCAGCAAUACCCGCGUGAAAUAAAUGAGAGGCGUAAAAAACUCAUUCCGAGAAUGAAGGAAUUCAAAAGGCAAAGACGACACGCAAAGCUAGUGUACGAUAAACUCCUGGUAUAUGGUGAAGUAUACAACCCUGACGCCCAUCGUGAACCCCCGCCUACAAUUCCAGGUCAACCGUUACCCAAUAAUGAUGGAGAUUAUUAG